AUGACACUAAAGGAAUGGUGGCUGGCUGUUAAAUCUUUUCUCAAAAACCGCUUCGAAAUCAAGGACCUAUGGAUUUUUCGGUACUUCUUGGGGAUUGAAGUUGCUCGAUUGAAAUCGAGAGUAGUGCUCUCUCAAAGAAAAUAUGCUCUUGAUUUGCUCUCAGAGACUGGGAUGCUAGGCUGCAAACCUGCUACAAUGCCUAUAGAUGCUACUACGAAACAUGUCUCUGACGAUGGUACUCCUCUCUCUAAUCCUGGGAUGUAUCGUCGGUUGGUUGGUCAGCUUAUUUAUCUUACUAUUACCCUGUCAGAUCUAUCUUAUGCCAUGGGGGUUGUUACUCAAUUCAUGCAUAACCCUUGUAUAACGCAUCUGACGGCCAUGUAUCGGAUUCUUCAGUAUCUUAAGUCUGUUCCCAGGAAUGGUCUACUUUUUCAGCAGCAUGGUCAUCUUCAUCUUUUGGGUUACUCCGAUGCUAACUGUGCUAGCAGUUUACAUGAUCGACGAUCCACUUCUGGGUACUGUACGUUUGUAGGUGGCAAUCUUGUCACCUGGAAGAGCAAGAAGCAAUCAGUAGUUGCUCGAUCGUCUGCCGAAGCUUAG